UCAAUAUGAGAUGCAUAUUUUCAAGGACGAGCUACUGGGCGCUGCCGCCGUUCUCCAUCCGCCAGAAGAACUGGGUUGCCAGCGCCGACGGUACCGCCCUCUGGUACUACGCCGAGCGCCCCAGACCCAGCCUCCACGACCCUACCACCGGAGCCGUCACACACCUCCCGCGCCAGAACGGCCGGUGGGAGGGUUCUCCCAGCGGCAUCGUCUACAGCGACGGCGCCGUCCUUCUGUACCAAAUCUCUCGGCAGGCCGCCGCGACCAAGUUCAGGGCGGCGCUCCUGCGUCCCGGCGACGUCGCAUGGAUGGUUGUGGAGAGGACGUUCAGGUCCCCAGAGUUUCUCCAGCUCUACCCUGUGUAUCACCGCGGAAAGAUCCUGAUCACCGUCGGUGAUACAGUCCCGACGCCAGACAGCGAGGUAGCCAUCGGCAACGUGCUGGUUGUACCGAGGCCUUGGAUGCCCUUCGAGCUCGAUGGCCACUUCUGCGGGCGCUACUACGUGCUGGAGUCCCGUGGCGAGCUUCUGUGUGUCUCCAUUUACAUUAGCCUGGAUUCCUUGUUCUUGUUCGGUGGGAAAGCCAGUGUUCCGGGCAUGGUUCGGUCCAUAUCGAUGACCGUGCACAAGCUAGAGGAAGAUGAGGCAGCGCCUGAAAAAAUGUGCUGGGUGAGGAAAGACGGCGGGAGCCUGGCUGACCGCGUGUUAUUCCUUGGAUGGCCCAGCAGCUUCGCCGUGGACGCCUCGCGGCUUAAGGACGAUGUUGUGAGUGGUGGAUGUGCCUACUUCGUCUAUGAUGAUGGUGGUGUCGUCGUGCCAGAUCAACCAUGUUCCGUGUUCAGGUACAACCUCGUAGACGACAAGGUCAAGUUUGUUGAACGGCUGCCUGAAAAGUACUGGUACCAUCAUAUGUACAUGUGGCUCUUCCCCCAGCCAUGUAUUGCUCCAAUUGAGGAACUCAUUGAGGAUCGAAAAUGGUGGAAGAACACGCAUGUGGAUCCAACUCCAAGGACAAAUAUUUACAUCGAUACACCCGAGCCACAACAUUACAAUACUUACUUUAGGGUAUUUGUGCGUAACCUACCUCCCAAGGUGGAUAGCAUUCAGCUGCGACAAUUCUUCAGCCAUCAUGGAAAAGUGUACAAUGGUAAGGUGAUGUGGAAGAAGAAGAAUAAGAUAUCCAAAAAGACUGGGCUCGUUACCAUUGCGAUGGUGGAGGAAUGGCCAGAUGCUCUGGCUGUUCUCAACGGACUGGUUUUUAACGGAUGCAUCCUCGAGGUCAGCUUGGUGCGGAGGUGGAAGAAGGGAUUGUGUGCGCCUUCUGCCAGACAUAAUAUCCUUGGGAUUGACUAUCUUAUAUAUAUGGCCGUGGGAUUCAUGCUACUAUUUGUUAUAGGCUAUUUAAUAAUAAUUUAUUAAAUUGCAUUCAAGUAAAACAAAGACAUAUGGUCAGUCCUAAGGCAUGCAGAAGCCAUGAUGCUCAUAGAAGAGUUGUAUUCCAUGAAAGAAUGUCAAAAAAGAUAUCCCUGUACCACUCACCCACCUUAUCUUGUGGCGUGAG